CCAAAAAAAAAAUUACACAGAGAGAAACCAGAAAAAUCUUGAACCCAGCAAAAACUUUUUUUUAUUUGUUUGGGAAAGUUCUGGUUAUGAUUUUUGUGGGUAUUUGAUGAAUUCUAGUUCUUUGUCUUGUUGGUGAGUUCUUGCCAAAUUUGUGCUUUUUGAGUACUUGUGCUCUGUUUUCUGGUGAUUGUUGAACUUUGUUCUAAGAACUUAUUUUGGGAGUUCUUAGUUUGAUUUUUAUGGGUUUUUGAUCAAUUGAGUUACCCAGAAAGGAAUUCUUGGUUCUUUGUGUUUUUUGGUGAGUUUUUGCCAAGUUUGUGUUUUUUGGGUACUUGUGCUCUGUUUUUUUCAUCUUCCUGAACUGGUGAUUCUUGAACUUAUUUUGGGAGUUCUUGUGUUGCUUUUUGUGGGUUUUUGAUGAAUUGAGUUACCCAGAAAGGAAUUCUUGGUUCUUUGUGCUCUUUAUAAGUUCUUGCCAAAUUUAUCAUUUUUUGGGAACUUGUGCUCUGUUUUUUACUCAUUCUUGCCAAAAUUUGUCUUUUUUUGUUUAUGUGUAUUGGCAUUUGUGUCACCAAGUUUUGAUUUUUUGGGAAAUUUUUGGGUUUUGAUUUCAAGAAUCACAAUGUUACAAGAUGAUGGUUCAUCAUCAGUGACUUCAUCAUCACCAAUGAUGUCACUUUCACCUAAUUUUGGUGGUUCACCAUAUCAAUGGCUUAAAGAUUUGAAAUCUGAGGAUAGAGGUUUAUAUCUAAUUCACCUUUUGCUUACUUGUGCUAAUCAUGUAGCUAUUGGAAAUCUUGAAAAUGCUAACAUAGCACUUGAUCAAAUUUCCCAUCUUGCAUCUCCUAAUGGAGAUACAAUGCAGCGAAUCGCCUCGUAUUUCGCUGAGUCACUUGCUGAUAGGAUUUUGAGAUCUUGGAAUGGGAUUUACAAGGCGUUGAAUUCGACUAAGUUGAGGGUUGUAUCUGAGGAUAUUCUUGUGAAGAAGAUGUUUUUUGAGUACUUUCCGUUCUUGAAAGUAGCUUCUGUGAUCGCUAAUCAAGCGAUCAUAGAAGCUAUGGAAGGUGAAAAAAUGGUUCAUAUAGUUGAUCUUAAUGCUUCCGAACCCUUGCAGUGGCGUGCGCUCCUUCAGGAUUUGAGCGCACGCCCUGAAGGACCCCCGCAUUUGAGGAUUACGGGGGUCCAUCAACAAAAGCAAGUGUUGGAACAAAUAGCACAUGUUCUAACAGAAGAAGCUGAAAAACUUGAUAUCCCUUUUCAGUUUCAUCAAGUAGUUAGUAAAUUGGAGAAUCUUGAUAUCGAAAAACUACGAGUUAAAACCGGAGAGGCGUUAGCUAUUAGUUCAGUUAUGCAAUUGCAUACUCUUCUUGCACAUGAUGAUGAACCCCAAAAGAAAUCCCCUUUGGGUUUUAAGCAUUUGAAUGGUCUUCACUUGCAAAGGGCAAUACUAAACCAAAACACUUUAGGGGAUUUGCUCGAAAAAGAGACGACUACUAAUGUUUUUAGUCCAGGCAAUGAAUCAGCAUCCUCAUCUCCGCUAUCUUCAACUGGAUCAACAAAGAUGGACGGAUUCCUCCACGCAUUGUGGGGGUUGUCACCAAAGGUCAUGGUGGUUACAGAACAAGACUCGAAUCAUAACGGUACAACCCUUAUGGAAAGGCUAUCCGAGUCGUUGUAUUUUUAUGCUGCAUUGUUUGAUUGUCUCGAAUUCACACUACAGAGAACAUCGUUAGAGAGGUUAAAGGUCGAGAAAAUGCUGUUUGGCGAGGAGAUUAAGAACAUUGUAGCGUGUGAGGGAGGUGAACGGAAGGAGAGACACGAAAAGUUGGAUAAAUGGUUUCAAAGAUUCGAUGGAGCUGGUUUCGCGAACGUGCCUUUGAGUUAUUACGCUAUGUUGCAGGCAAGGAGAUUGUUGCAGAGUUAUAGUUGUGAAGGAUACAAGAUUAAAGAGGAGAACGGUAGCGUGGUGAUCUGCUGGCAUGAUCGCGCGCUUUUCUCAGUGUCAGCUUGGAGAUGUAGGAGGUGAAAAGUUGGACACAAGUUUACAAUUAACAAAGGGAUUUUACUUGAAGUUGAACUCUGGAAAACACGUUUGGUUCAUCUUCCUAUUUUCCUUUUGUAAUGCACUUUGUAGGAAGGUACUUUUUGUGAAGUGAAAACUCAACUCUCAUGGAGAUUGUAAUCUUUUCUAAUUUGCCCUUUCUUGAGGAUGUUAGGGUGGUGACUUUUUUUCAUUCUUGUUAUAUAAAGUUCAUAAUUUUGUGUAUGACUUUAGUUCCAUAAG